CUCAAGCUAUCUGACCGCUGAUGUUACCGUUAGCUCGAGCUAUCCGAGCUAAGCUAGCCAAUUAGCUACGGCUAGCGACGCGAGCUAACGAGGGCAACCGACGGGUUUCUGUCUGAAACAGCGAACCGUUGAUUAGCUGAAGUGUCGGGACUUUCUGGGGGAAAUGAGACCGGCGUCGUGUUGAUUGUCCACCGAGAGAGGAGACCCGGGCUAUGAGGAGAGAGGCUCGCUAGCUCGGCUGCUAACGGUUGUUUUUCGUUCCGGAGCGGAACCACAAUAAGCCGCGGCCCUGGCCAUGCCCUCGAGUGCACGGUCGGGCAGCAUCAAAGACCCCGAGGUGGCCGACCUUUUCUGCAAAGAUGACCCGGAGAAGCUGUUCGCCGACCUCCGAGAGAUCGGCCACGGCAGCUUCGGAGCCGUGUACUUCGCCCGAGAUGUACGCAACAAUGAGGUGGUGGCCAUUAAGAAAAUGUCGUACAGCGGCAAGCAGACAAACGAGAAAUGGCAGGACAUCAUUAAAGAGGUGAAGUUCCUGCAGAAACUUCGCCACCCGAACACCAUCGAGUACCGGGGCUGUUACCUGAAGGAGCACACGGCAUGGCUGGUGAUGGAGUCCGCCUGGGCUCGUGGCCUCCGACCCGAACAAAACAAAAAAAACAAAAAUACCAUGGAAAGUACUCAGGACGUGAAAGGCGGGGAACAAAUCCUGCUGACGGAGCACCCGGUCAGGUCAAACUAG